UAGUUACAUAGAUGGCGUUACUUGCAACAUUAUUCGGAGAUACGCGUGCAUCUCAUUCUUUCCGUGUUUGGUGCUUUCGGAGUUCGAAGUACAUUUAAACCGCAAAAAUGGUUGCUCAAAGAAAACAGAAAAAGGACAAAGAUAGUAUUAACAAUACGCUUGCCCUUGUUAUGAAAUCGGGCAAGUACGUAUUGGGAUACAAGCAAACUCUGAAAUCUCUACGACAAGGCAAAGCUAAGCUCGUCAUAAUUGCAAACAAUACUCCUCCUUUAAGGAAAUCUGAGAUCGAGUACUACGCUAUGCUAGCAAAGACAGGUGUACAUCACUACACUGGAAAUAACAUUGAAUUGGGAACAGCAUGUGGAAAGUAUUUCCGUGUUUGUACUCUUUCGAUAACAGAUCCAGGAAAUUCAGAUAUUAUUAAAGCUGUACCUACUGGUGAUCAUGCAUAAGAAAUAAAUUUUGUUUAUUAAAAUGAAAAUAGAA